AUGGAUUAUGGAGGGGAGAGUCGAAGGGAGCCAGGUCUAGAAGCUGUGAGGGCGUUGCAUCAAACUGUUGUUGCACUUAGAGCUGCCCUUGAGGAGAGCAAGUCAGAGAUUUUGCAGUUGAAGAAUAAGGCUUGGCCGAUCGAAACAGUGCAGGAAGCUUUUCAGAUUUUGUCCUUGGAAAAUCAUAUACUUAGGCAAAAGCUGCUAAAAGCUGAUAAUCAACAAUCAGGAGUACAAGAAACUGAUGAAAGUCGUGAGGAUGUUGGUGAGAAGCCCAAGAGUAUUGAGGAGGUAAACGUUUUGGAAGUGGAAGAGUCUUCAAAACCAUCAAACGAAACAGUUACACCACGAAAGGAAAUAAUUGCAGUAGAGUCUUUGACUAAAACUGAAUCACCCAAAAGUAUAAGUGAAAAAUCAACGCCAAAAGAGCAACAUUAUCUAGCCAAACCUAGUUACCAACUAGAAGAUACUUACCAAUCAGAACCAAAAGUAAAAAAAGUUACUAUAGUUUCACCCAAACUAAGUCCCAAGCGCAUACGUAACUUAGAAGCACGCAUUUCGAUCAAAUCUGAAACAAUCAGCCCAGGAAAUGUUUCUAGAUCCCUAGAAAGUCUCACUGUACUGAAAUCUCCGAUAGAAUCUAAAAAUAAAUUAUCUUUUUCGAAAACAUUCAGCUUCUCGAACUUAUCUAGUCAUAUUAGCCGAGAAUUCCAUUUAGAUAUUGAUGAAGACAUGAGCCAUAAAGAUACAGAACCGGCUGAGAACAAUGUAGGUGACGAAGAAGAGUCUAACGAAGUUCAUAGUCCUCAAAAUGAUACGGAUCAAGCCGAGGAAGUCGAUGAUAUCGAACUUAUUUUUACAACGGAUGAUACAAAGGAUUCAGAUUUUAAGGAACAACUGGUCUCAAUUGAUGGAGGAGACAGUAGAGCUCAGUCUUCUAAUAUUUUGCGGUUACCGCUCAGCGAUAUGGAUCCCAACUUAUCCGACCGCGAAUUGGAAGAUGAUGUAUUCAACGAUAAUUUCGAAAACGAAAAUCAAGAAAACAUUAAUUUCCAGUCGUUUGACAUGAAAAGGGACAAUUCUCAGCUUUGUGAUUCCAGGUCAGAUACUUCGAUAAAUCAGGAAAAGAGUUUGAAGAGUUACUACUCGUUACAAGAUUCUAGUUUCGAAAAUAGAUCGAUGGAAAAAGAUGAAAGUUUUGAUAGGUUCGAGGAAAGAAUUAGGAUUGUAGAAACUGAUAUAUCUAAAUGCGGUAUACACGACGUUGAAUACGUCGUUGGAAGAAGAAAUACUUGUCCCAAUCCUCUUCAGUACAAACCACUGUUACACAGAGAAGCACUUUCUAAAGGAUUAGUUCCUGGUAGGAAAACUAGACCAAUUUUAACACAAUCAAACGCAGUGAGAAAAGAUUCAGGUGCCCAAACGGAUAUAUCAGCUCUUCCAGGCUCUAGUUGGAGAUCGGAAAGUAGCUUAGCUAAUAAAGCAAGACUAGGAGAAAAUUUCACCACCCUACCUUCGAAACUACCACUGCCAGGAUCUCGGUUACGAUUAUCGGAAAAAACAGUAGAGGCUCGUCGAGUUUUGCUCUCAGAUAUUGGGUUUACGAGCAUGGUUCCUGAACUGUCACGAUCUGCAGAUCAUCUUUUUCCGCCGAAUAUUAAACCUACUGGAGUGACACCUACAUAUGGUCAGUUUCUGAAAACUACUGAUCUCUAUUCACCUGGAUAUGCAUCUCAAAAAUUUACAUGGAGCGCCAACACAGCGACACCUAGCGAGGGAAGCCAAACUCAAUCUCACUACGGCAGUAUGUAUCCUCUAACAUCAUUACCAGUUCCAUCUAGACGAUGUUCUGCUCCAGUUUCUCCAUCUAGAAGAGGAGUCUUGAAGCACACUCCUUCCAGAGUCAGGUUCGCAAAUGGAUCGUUACCGGAGCUUCGAGGAGAUUGGGGAACCGUCGAUAGUGGGGAUUCUACUGAUAGUUUGGUCGAAGAGGCUGAGAAUUAUUUGAGAAGAUCCAUCGAUUGUAUUAUUGGAAGAGAUACGAUGAUUAGUUACAGUGAUACUCGGACCAAGACUGGCGUACGUCGAGCUUCGGCGCCAGAGCCAUCUGGCGACAACGUUCCACCUCCCGGAUGGUUGCCGUUUUUGCCGAGAGUUUCCAGAGAUCUUAAACUGGACAAUUGGGUUAAAGUAAUUACGUCAGAAGGAAGGGUGAAGGGCGGAAGGGUGAGGUAUAUCGGACCAGUUGUUUCGCAAACUGAGCAUUUCGUUGGGGUACAACUUAGUUGUCCCGACGGGUACUGCGAUGGAACUUAUAACAAUAGAAUGUAUUUCCAAUGUGAACCAUACCAUGGAAUCUUCGUUCCUUUCAAGAAAGUGAUUAUGGGAUGGAGACCAUAG